UGAUUUAAUUUAUUUUAUCUGUUGUUUUAAGCUGGGUAAGAUGCGACUGACAGUCCCAUGCAGAGCUGUGACAUGCUCUCAUCUACAGUGCUUUGAUGCUGCCCUCUACCUGCAGAUGAAUGAAAAGAAACCUACCUGGAUCUGUCCUGUGUGUGACAAGAAAGCUGAUUAUGAGAAUCUCAUUAUUGAUGGUUUAUUCUUGGAGAUCCUUAAUGACUGCUCAGAUGUUGAUGAAAUCAAGUUUCAAGAGGACGGGACCUGGUGCCCAAUGAGACCGAAGAAAGAUCCGGUCAAGUUCUCUGUUCAUUCAGUUGGAAAAGAAGAAUCCACAACUCCUUUACACCAGUCAUCAGUGGUAGUCCAUCCUGUGGAACCCAAUCUCAACAAGAAAACUGAUGUAAUUGAUCUGACACUAGAAAGCUCCUCAUCUUCUGAUGAUGAUGAUGAUACAAGCACAACCCCCCCAUCUAAGAGACAGUGCAUUUACAUCUCCAAGAAUGAGGAAAUUCAUGCUAAAGGUGUGUUGACGUACCAGCCCUCUCUUCGUAUGCCGAAUAUUCCAGGCCUGGAACAGUCAUACCUUACCUCAGCGAUUGCCGAAUAUGCAGUUCCUUUCCGCCCAUCUACCCUAAGUUCCAUUCCUACUGAAUUGCAAAGUCUGGAUUUGUUUUCAUUAAUCCCAACAGAUCCUCAGCAUUACAGGCCCCAAAUGUUUUUGGAAAACCUUUCAGGCAGCCUGCACAGCAUACCCAGCACUAGCUCUGGUUUGGUAUCCUCUACCUCCAGCAGCAACUUCAAUGCCAGUGGUCAUACUGCCACCUCCAUCCACAGUACACCAGUCGUCACAGGAGGUUCCACUGGAGAAGUGACUGGAGGUAGCUUGUCGGAUAUUAUUUCACUGGACUGAGCCACAUUCCUCUACACCUUUCAAUGCCUAUUUUAAAGGUUUUCUGUGAUAAAUAGUAAAUAGUUUUCAGAUUCCUAGGCAAUUUGAUCUUGCCAUUCUCUAUUGCUAUUUUUCCUGGAUGAAUUAAAUGGAAAGAGAGCAAAAACUUAACUUAAAUUUAUUUUUGUCACAACAUGGUUUAGUUCGUCAUUUUAAAUGUUCAAUUACUUGUACCGUUCAUGGAAAGUGCACAGAUUCCCUCUGAGUGAACAGACCUCCUGAGAAUGAAAAAGCUCCCAUUAGAAGGAAGUAGAGUGAGUGGACCUAACCUAAGCAAGAAAAACGAGUGCAAAAUAAAUGUUUUGAAUUAUACAAAAACUUGGUAUGUGAUAAAAUGACCAACUUGCAGCUCAUAUAUGUUAUCAGUUGUGAGAUAUUAUCUAUAUGUGUUUGAGUUUAGUUAACUGGAAAUGGUUACUUAAAGAGCUGUAUGUAAGAAUAUUUCAUUUUCAGAUGGACAGGAUGUUUUUGCAACAUUUAACCAGUCCUAUUAAGACUUAAAAGAUUCUAAAUGUGAGCUGUGUACAUAACCCUUUCUAGAAUUUCUGCACAGCAAUGUGUGUACUCAAAAUCCUGAUUGCUGGUAGUAAAUGAUGUGGAAGAUUUGUAUGACAUCAUUUUUGUUUGAAUGAAUUAACAUGUCAAAAUUGGCUUUGUGUUGCUAGAUAGCAUAAUAAAAAUUAAAAAGCAAGUAUUGUAUCAGAAAUCACUUAAACUUUCAGAAUUUCUCUUACUAUAAUUACCUGUAACUUUUUUUAUUUAAGGUGUUUUAUUUACUUAAUAACUGUCAGCAAAAUGUUUAAGCCGGAAAAUUAGGAAGAGACAAAACUACUAGAGCUGAAAACUGAAUAUCUUACAUCAGGAAAAUGUUUCUUCUGCAAGAAUCUUUCUGCAGUUGUGUAACCUAACCUUGAGACAGAUUGCAUGAAAUUACUUAAUCACUGAGCCAUACUCUUUUAUGACAAUGUAACCAGACUUAAAAGUUCUUAAGAAUAGUCUAGUUUUCAUAAACAAUAAUUUGUGUCUUAUUUUGGUUAUCUGGCAAGUUCUAAAGCUUGCCUUGUUGAACAGUAUGUAAGGCUUUUAAAAUUAUUUUAAAGGAAACCUUCAAAGUUUAUAAAGGUAACAUUUCUAAAUGGAAAAUGUUUUAUAGGUUUAGUCACAGGAAAUAUGAGUGACAUCUUCCAACAUGCUCAAAUCAAUAAAACCUCUGAAAUGUUAAACAGUACAUGAAGAGUGAAAAAAUAGUAAUAGUCUUCAACACACUUUGAAAGCUUAAAACCAGAUGACGGAGCAAACAAAUGCCAUGUUUUUUGCUGAUAAUUUCUGCCACUGAGUUCUACAAAUCACAGCCCACUUAUCAAAAAUUCACAUUGAGGGAAUAGUAAAACCUUUUGCCAAGAGCUACCUUGCUAAUAAAGUUAGCAAGGUAUGUCUUGCGUACACAUUUUUUUGAGAAUGCAUAUGGUAUAUUAAAGUUCCAAGUUUUUUUUUGUUGUUGCAAAUUUUAAUUUUCAAUUGGAAACUUGUUUAUAUGUUUUGAUUAAAAGAUUCAGAAAAAG